GUCCCCCAAUUCAUAAAACCCGCUCUCCCAGGAUCCUGCAUUCACUAUAUCCGCUCUCCCAGGACCCCGCAUUCACUAUAUCCGGUCUCCCCGGACCCCACAUUCACUAUAUCUGGUCUCCCCGGACCCUGCAUUCACUAUAUCUGGUCUCCCCAGACCCCUGCAUUCACUAUAUCCGCUCUCCCAGGACUCUGCAUUCACUAUAUCCACUCUCCCCGGACCCUGCAUUCACUAUAUCUGGUCUCCCCGGACCCUGCAUUCACUAUAUCCGCUCUCCCCGGACCCUGCAUUCACACUAUAUCCGCUCUCCCCGGACUCUGCAUUCACUAUAUCAGCUCUCCCCGGACCUUGCAUUCACUAUAUCCGGUCUCCUCGGACCCUGCAUUCACUAUAUCCGCUCUCCCCGGACUCUGCAUUCACUAUAUCCGGUCUCCCCAGACCCUGCAUUCAAUAUAUCCGGUCUCCCCGGACCCUGCAUUCACUAUAUCUGGUCUCCCCGGACCCUGCAUUCACGAUAUCCGGUCUCCCCGGACCCUGCAUUCACUAUAUCUGGUCUCCCAGGACCCUGCAUUCACUAUA